AUAUUCAGUAGUUUAGCAUAAGGAGGAUCCAAACGACAUCGUCUCUGAUAUCCAUUCAUCUCCAUUCCUCUUGCAAGAAGCUCCUUUCUCUUCUGGUUCUUGGAGCACAAAAGUGCGUUCCCUAUCCGCUCAUAAUCGCUCCAACAUGGCGGUGGCACCCUACACCACUGGUUCUGCACCUCGGCUUUCUUCCUCUUCCAAUUUUAGCGUUGCCACGAAACUCUACUCCGGGUUGAAACUUCAAUCUCCGAGUGUGUCUCAUUUCAUCUUUUUCUUGUUAUCUUUCAAUCUUUAUAUUUCUCUGUUUGCCCGCUCAUCGUUUUCCAUUGCAGUUUCUUUUGGAGCGGUAAAACCUAAUGUAACCGCUGAAUUUUAUGGGAAAGUACACAAGACUCUUCAGUGUCGGUAUGCCAAACACAAUCCAUCAAGGGCGAGUAUUCGAAUGAUGCCCAUAGGCACUCCCAAAGUGCCCUAUAGGACACCUGGUGAAGGAACUUGGCAAUGGGUUGAUAUAUGGAAUGCCCUAUAUCGAGAACGUAUUAUCUUCAUUGGACAAGAGAUAGAUGAAGAAUUUAGUAACCAAAUAUUGGCGACUAUGCUGUAUCUUGACAGUAUAGAGAACUCCAAGAAGCUCUAUAUGUACAUAAAUGGUCCUGGUGGUGAUCUUACACCAAGCAUGGCUAUCUAUGACACAAUGCAGAGCUUGCAAAGUUCUGUAGCCACCCACUGUGUUGGUUUUGCUUAUAAUCUUGCAACAUUUCUCCUUGCUGCUGGUGAAAAGGGUCAUCGUUCUACAAUGCCUCUAUCUAGAAUUGCCCUUCAAUCUCCAGCUGGAGCUGCUCGUGGACAGGCUGAUGACAUUCAGAAUGAAGCAAAUGAACUACUCAGAAUCAGAGAUUACCUUUUCAAUGAGCUGGCUAAGAAAACAGGUCAGCCUGUUGAGAAGAUUACCCUUGACCUGAGCAGGAUGAAACGCUUCAACGCACAGGAAGCGGUUGAAUAUGGACUCGUUGAUCGAAUUGUCAGGCCGCCACGCAUUAAAGCUGACGCUCCUCGACAGGAUGCAGGAACAGGCCUUGGUUAAGAACACAUUUGUAAUCCACAUUACUGAAUAAUAUCACUAAAUCAAAAAUGUUUCCGGUGUAAUAUUUUUUUCCUAAAUCUUUGGAGAUUUUAUACUAAUGUUUCCGGUGUAUCUAGAUAUUGAUUGCUUGUUACUUGUUUAGAAGUGAAUAAAUUCGAAUCUAAUUGAAAGCAGUAA